AUGAAAAUCGAUGCGCAAAGAAGAAAUGAAUUGCUGAAUAGACUUGAUGAAUGGUAUGAGAAAUCAACUGGAAAUGAUGAAAAAUCAAAAUUCGAUGAAGUUGUCUUCAAAAAAUUGUACUCACAAUUGUUGAGUGAAAAUGCUUAUAUUGAUUGGAAAAAGUGGAGUUUCAUAAAAGAAAAAGUGCAAAGAAAUCUCGAUGAAUUACCACCAUUUAAUUCUUCAAAGAAAACUUUCUUGGAUAGGCUUGUUGUUGUGAGGUUGAAUGGAGGUUUGGGCACUUCAAUGGGUUGUCAAGGACCAAAGAGUUUCAUCGGAGUGAAAGACGGCUUCUCGUUUCUUGAUCUAGCGUUUAAACAAGUUAAGUCUGAGAUUCCGCUUUUAUUGAUGGAUUCGUUCAACACAUUCACUGAAACAACUGAAAGGCUUGCUGGUAGAGCAGUGCGACAAUUUGAGCAAAGUCGAUGUCCAAGAAUUUAUUCGGAUACUCUUUUACCGGUAGAGGAAGAAAGUGAGAGAUGGUAUCCUCCUGGCCAUGGAAACAUCUUUGCUUCAUUAGCAUUUUCUGGAGAAUUGGAUAGACUGUUGGCUGAGGGCAGGGAUAUCAUCUUUGUUUCCAAUAUUGAUAACACUGGAGCUGUGAUUGAGCCAGCUAUUGCACAAUUUUUCGUUGAUGCUGAUGCAGAGUACGCAAUGGAGUGUACUCUGAAGACACAGGCUGACAUAAAGGGUGGAACGUUGAUCGAGAUUGACAAUCACAUCAUGCAUCUCGAGAUCCCGCAAGUCCCUCCUCAACACCUUGAUGACUUUUGUAGCACAAGAGUCUUCAAGAUUUUCAACACCAACAAUAUUUGGGUGAAUUUGAGAGCUGUGAAGAGACGAUUGGAGGAGAUUAGGAGUGAAAUUAUCGUUAACAAAAAGAAGCUUUCAAAUGGGAGAGAAGUGAUUCAAUUGGAGACGUCGAUUGGUGGAAGCAUUCGGGCUUUUGAAAGAGCUUAUUGCAUCCACGUUCCAAGAGCCAGAUUCUUACCCGUCAAAAAAACCGAUGAUUUACUAACGAUUUCUUCAGAUUUAUACAAACUUCAGGAAGAUUUUAGUUUAAAGCUUUCUCGAUCAACUCCAGCACCAUUUGUCUCAUUAUCGAGUCACUUUCAGGAGGUUGAUAACUUUCAAAAAAGAUUCAAAAAUUUUCCAAAAAUGGAUGAUUUGAGGUCUCUAAUUGUUGAGGGUGAUGUGUGGUUUGAGGAAGAAGUGACACUAAUUGGAGAUGUAAAGAUUAGAGCGAAAAAUGGUGAACGACUAGUGAUCGACAAAAGAAUCACGCUUACCGAUUGUGAGUAUUCUGGUGAA